GUUGCGGCGGUGCCGGGUUACAUAGGGCGGAGUACAGCGUGUCCUUGGGCGCAGACGGAGCGCGAGGUGCUGGGUGUGCGGUCACCGUGUCUGAGGGCGCAGCGGGCCAGCCGGUCAGGCAGUAUUGACAAUGGGAGACGUCGAGAAAGGCAAGAAGAUCUUUGUCCAGAAAUGCUCCCAGUGCCACACGGUUGAAAAGGGAGGCAAGCACAAGACUGGACCCAACUUGAACGGCCUGUUUGGGCGCAAGACUGGGCAAGCCGAAGGUUUCUCUUACACGGAUGCUAAUAAGAACAAAGGUAUCACCUGGGGUGAGGAUACUCUGAUGGAGUAUUUGGAAAAUCCAAAGAAGUAUAUUCCUGGAACAAAGAUGAUUUUUGCCGGUAUUAAGAAGAAGAACGAGAGAGCAGACUUAAUAGCAUACCUCAAAGUUGCCACUGCAAAGUAAAAGUUAUCUGCUGCCUUAUUUAUUUCACAAAGGAGAUGGCAAUGGAAAUGUAUGUGAUGAGAUUGGUUUUUAAACUUUCUAUUUUUACAUGUACUAUGUCUAACCUGAAAAUCACCCAUCAGAUAACUUUGCUCAAGGUGGGUCACUGGAGUACACACUUGUUUGGCAGCCACUAACUUAACAAAGACUAUGUAAUUGGGUUUAGUCAUCCUUGAUGAUAAAUAUUAAAAAAAAAUACAUAAACA